CCACGACAACUUCAUUCUCCAGCAAUAGUGCGGCCAAUCUGCCAAGAUGGUAAGUUGAUUUACAAUCGCAUUAUCUGCGCCUCUGCAGACGAUGUCUAUGAGAACCCGAAGUUCCUCGGAAGAGCAGAAAUGCCAAAGAGAGCUUGAGAGUCCCUGCAGAAUGUUCGGACGUUGAUCUGAAAUGCCAACUGCGGAUUCGAGGACAUGGGCUAAUUGAUUGUUGCAGCCUUUCACCAAGCUGGUCAAGAACUCGGCGUACUACAGGUAAGCAUCUGUGAUCCUCGUCUUCAAUCUUCGUGCAAAGCUGACUUCAACAGCCGCUACCAAACCAAGUACAAGCGCCGUCGUGUCGGAAAGACCGAUUACUAUGCUCGCAAGCGCCUCAUCACCCAAGCCAAGAACAAGUACAAUGCGCCGAAGUACCGUCUCGUCGUCCGCUUCACCAACCGUGACAUUGUUAUGCAAAUCGUAACCUCCGAGAUCACUGGUGACAAGGUCUUCUGCGCUGCCUACUCCCACGAACUCAAGGCCUAUGGCAUCGAACACGGUCUUACCAACUGGGCCGCCGCAUACUGCACUGGUCUUCUGAUCGCGCGCCGCGUUCUCAAGAAGCUCGGCAUGGAUGAGGACUUCCAAGGUGUUGAGGAGGCUGAUGGAGAGUACAAGCUUACUGAGGCUUCUGAGGAAGGUGAGCGACGACCUUUCAAGGCCUUCCUCGAUGUCGGCCUUCACCGCACUUCCACUGGUGCCCGUAUCUUCGGUGCCAUGAAGGGUGCUUCCGACGGUGGCAUUCUCAUUCCCCACUCCGAGAACCGCUUCCCAGGCUUCGACAUUGAGACGAAGGAGCUCGAUGCCGACACCCUGCGCAAGUACAUCUUCGGUGGUCACGUUGCUGAGUACAUGGAGACCCUUGCCGAUGAUGAUGAAGAGCGAUACAAGUCUCAAUUCCAAGGCUACAUCGAUGAUGAGAUUGAGGCCGAUGGAUUGGAGGAGUUGUACCAGGAGGCCCACAAGCAAAUCCGAGAGGACCCCUUCAAGAAGGUCGAUGAGGCUGGUGAGAAGAAGACCAAGGAGGAGCACAAGAAGGAGUCGCUCAAGUUCCGUGGCCGCAAGUUGACGAAGGACGAGAAGAUGGAGAGAGUCAAGGCCAAGAUUGCCGAGCUCAAGGAAUAAGCUUUUGUCUUUCUUGCAUCUUGUACUUCGGGUAUCGCUCUUUGCUUAGGGCAUUAUGAGGAGUUGAUACGGCAGGAAAAACCUGAAUGGCAUGACUUCUGAGACAUUAUCUUGACCCAGUUCGUGACUAUGUGAGGUUGAUGUUUU